UGACGUUUGGAUUUAUUUUCUUCACUUAUCACCUACUUCAUUUCUGUUGUGCGUGUGAGCGAGUACAAGUAAUUUUAAGGUGGAGCGGAGCUCGCGAAUUUAUCGUUUAUUUAAAUAUAUAUAUAUUCAUCUAGGAUAAUACUGGAUGCACAAUCGUAUACAUUUUAUAAUAAAUUAACAACAAAUUUUUUAAUUCAUGUUUUUAUAAAAAAAAAAACCAAGGCAUUCGUAAUGUGGUGUGCGUAUAAAUAAAUGUCCAACUUGAUUUGUUCAAAAUGUGGGCAGUAGCACUUAAGAAAAAAAGGAAGUGCAAAUGGGAGGAGUGGUAUUUAGCGUAGUGAAAAACGGAGGAAAAUUGCAGUGUACGAAGUAAAAAUGUGUUAAAAAAUUUAAGUGAAAACCGUUUUCAGUGAGUCUGUGCGUUUUUGAAAGUUAGAAAUCUUAAUGUUCUUAGAAAUUUAAAAGAAUUGUAAUAAAAGUAAAGUGCAAAAAUUUAUAAAAUUAUCGUAGUGCAGAAAGUGAGCGAAUUUCAAUAGCGGCCUUUGGAAAAAUCAGCGGCGACCAUCGAAGACGAACACAGUUGCAGAAAAAUGAGUACAAGUUGCAGUAAUGAAAGAAUAGAAUGGGUGGAAAUUAUCGAGCCACGUACCAAAGAGCAUAUGUAUGCCAACCUGACAACUGGCGAAUGCGUUUGGGAUCCACCGGAAGAUGUACCAAUUAAGCGCACCGACUCAUCACAGUGGUGGGAAUUGUUUGAUACGAAUACGCAACGCUUUUACUACUACAAUGCGGCGACACAGAAAACCGUCUGGCAUCGGCCAAGCAAGUGUGAUAUCAUACCGUUGGCGAAAUUGCAAACUCUCAAGCAGAAUACGGAUCCGAGUGAUCGCAAGGAGAGCAGUACGCAAACGCAGCAGCACAGCGCAGGCUCACAAUCGCAAACGCAAUCGCAGUCAACGUCAGCGACCCAAUCACCUUUGGCGGCGGUUGGAAAGUUGAGAGCACAACGUAGCGCUGCACGUGAAGCUGCAGGAUUAGCUGCAAUGAAUAAUACGAAUACCGCUGGUAGUGCGGGAAGUGCGGGUAAGCGGAGUAAUGCUGGUUUAGAAAGUCGUAGCAGUGGCAAGAGUGGUCUUGGCGGCAGUUCAAAUACCAAUGCUAUGCAGCUGCAUGCCAGUUCGGAGGAGAAAAUCUCGACGGAGUUCAUUUCUAGUCCACGUGGGCGUCACAGUUUUCGUGUUGGAACGGGUGAUUCAUCAUCGUUCACGGACAUGCAGCCAUUCCCAGCGAGGCGCUCACAAGAUUCCUCAAAUCAUUACAAGGAAUCGGGCAAGUCCAGCGAUUCCAGUUUGUCAAGCGUACACGGGUAUCGGCGUUUCAAUGAAUCUAGUACUGGGGAAAGCUUGCGCUUGGGCUCACUACAGAAGCAGCGCACACGUAAGGAGGGCAGCUUUGAUUUAUUGCAAGAGAGCGGUAGUUCACACAAUUUACCACAUGCUCCAUCUUACGGUGGAAAUGGUGGUAGUGGUGGUGGAGUAACAGGCGAUAAAUAUUUUGAGCGUCAUCAUCAACAGACACCUACGCAAACGCAUUCACCGCAACAACAACAGCUUUUACCGGGACACAAUUUGCCUGGAUACUGCUCGUCCAAGUCGUCGGAUAUUGCUUCGCCCACACAUUCGGCGCACACACCACAACCAAAGAAGAAAAUCUCGCCAGAUGGUGGUGGCGGCUUAGGAGGCAGCAGCAGUGGACAGUAUCCACCGCUGGCAUAUGCACAUCAAAGGCAUUCACAGCCACAACAGCAACAACAAACACCGCUGGCACUGCGGAAUAGUGGUAGCGGUUCUGGAGGACGACAUCAUGGUGCAGCGGAAUAUGCUGGUGAACGUGAUUAUAAAGUAUCGUUGGCGCGCUCGGGUAGCUUUAUGUCAUCAUCGAUCAAUCCCACUGCCGCAGGCCAUCAUAGUAAGUCGUAUCGGAAAUCAAGCGGCGAAGCAAAUGGUGGCGCGGCCAGUGAUGAUUCAAUGCACGAGAAAUACUUCAAGUCCGUGGAGAAUACACCAUUGUCGCGCAGGCGUCACGCUGCCGCAACCAAAACGGUGAGUGGCGAUGGCACAACUGGCGGUGGCACCAGUGGUAGCGGUAGCAAUAAGAAACAUUCUAGCGAUUCAAGCCCGCAGAGUCCUAUAAGCCCACAGAUAAAAUCAAAAACGAACUCAAAAACCGCUAACAAUGUGCUCGGUAGCGCCACAUUCGCCACAAAUGUAGCGCUGCACUCGCCCGGUCACUCGCCAACAGCACCUUUGCAUAGCAAACAUCACAAGCAGGACUCCUCAUGCAGUUUGGAGCUUUUGAAUAUGGAACGUAUGUCACUGAAUAAACCGACAUCACCACAUCUAAGCGAUGCUGUGAUCGCUUCCUCUUCAACAUCGCCAAAUAAUCUUGUUACCGCAACGGUGGGCAUGAAAAAUUUUCCCUCUUCAGAUAAUAUUGGUGGAAUGUUGACACAUUCGUCACGCAGCUCGAACGAUUCGCGUAGCAAGCAACGUUCGUCAACUGGCACGCGUACACAUCAUCAGCAGACGCCACAAAUACAGCAUCACCAAAGUCAGGAUAACCGUUCGGUUGGGUCUUUGUGGCACAAUUCGGCAAGUCUGGACAAACACUCAAAUCGGCGCUCCAAUGAGCAUUACUAUGAUAGUUCACGUGGCAAUAAGCAUGAUCAUCGUCGCUCACGUGGCUCACGACAGCAUAACAAUUUGCUAAAUGCGGAUAACAGUGAUGUGGAGUACGAUAAUGGCAAUAUAUCGCCGCUUUAUAGCAAUUGGGAUCAAGAAAUGCACGAACACCUUUUGCCACUAAAGAAUUACAUUAUGGAGCAAGCGAAAUUAUCUGGUCAUUAUGUAUUCGGAGAUCCCAUCGAUUCGGACUCCUAUCACUCGGAUAGUCAAUCGGAGCACUCGCUCUCCGGCCACGAGCCAGAUAACGAGGAUUCUGAUGGUGGUUCGGACACGCAUGGCGGUUAUUUGGAACAUAAUUAUGGCAUGAUAGAUGAUUAUGCCAAUAUGGAUGAUAGUGUGUCCUAUUACGCAUAUCAAUAUCCACCCUAUGAUCCUUCAGGUCGUGAAGAUAUCUCCGACAAUGUAGAAGCUGUGCUUGAAGGUAUUGGCAGUCAGGGCGCUGAACGCGCAACCGAGUUUGCACAAAAGCCAAAGCAACGAUAUCAAAUCUCUUUCUAUGAUACUGCGCACACAGCACAUACCACAACCACACAACAACAACAACAACAACAACAACAGCAACAGCAGCAAUAUCAACAGCAAAAACAACAAUCAUUAGGCCAUCAUCAACACGGAUCUCAAGCACAAAUACAACAAAAUCAACUGUACUCCAAUACACCGCCACUGGCGCCACAUCAUCACCUGCCACCGCAACCGCCAUUGCCGCCACAUCAACAUCUUCAACUUGAUGCGGAUACCAAGCAAAAGCAGUCGCAAACACUACCCUCACCCAAUCGACAAAUUUCACGUAUUGCACAAUCGGGCGGUGGUGGUAGCGGCGGUUCAUCCGGCAUUGAUGGCAACACUACUGGCAGCGGUGGUGGUGGUGGUGGCGGUGUUAUCGGUACAGGCGGCGGCAGUGUACGUUUGCAUCAUUAUGCAAAGGAUGAGAGUGGCAGUGGUGGUGUUGGUGUUGGUGUCUUAAGUGGUGGCACUGCUAGCAUGACGCGUACGCCCAGAUUGCCACCACCCUCGCUAAAGCCGACCAUUCAACAGAUAUUUCCACCUAGCGAACGUGCACCGCCUAACUUGGGUGGCAUAACAACCACGCUGGUGUGCAUGAAAGAGUGUGAUAUUGAGAAAUUCGCUGCCGACAAUCUAAAUUUACACUCAAAAGGCAUAUUUCGGAAGAAGUCUUCUGUGCGCGACAUGUUAAGCUGGACUCCAGAGCCCAUCAGUCGACCUAUGUUGGCAUUAUCACGCGACAAGACAGACAAGAAAACUGCCAUUGAACUUUUCAAAUUGGUGCAAAUUUAUAUGGGCGAUCGAAAGGCACGUCCCGGCAUGAGUCUCAAUUCGGUGGUCAUUGAUAUAAUAGUGGCAGCGUUGCCACAACAACAGCUACGCGACGAAUUAUACGUGCAGUUAUGCCGACAGACCACGGAAAAUCCAAAACGUGAUUCGCUUAUACGUGGCUGGGAGUUGAUGGCUAUUUGCUUGUCCUUUGUGCCACCGUCACCGACAUUUCAGCCAACGUUGUUGAAUUAUAUGAAUCGCCAUCGUGAUCCAUCCUUCGCCACAUCAUUUCCGGAGGUGGGCAAAUGGCCCAUUCAUGUACAGAUCUCACACUAUGCAACCGUUUGCUGUCGUCGUUUGGAUCGGAUUGGCAGUCAUGGACGGCGCCAGGCAAAGCGGCCAACGGAAGAUGAAGUUGAGCAGGCGAGGAAUCAAAUCCUACGCGUUAGUAUGUUCGGCAAUACUAUUGCUGAGGUGAUGGAGCUGCAAAAGGAUAAGUUCCCUUUCCGCAAAUUGCCGUGGAUACAAACUACGUUGUCCGAACAUGUUUUGCUAUUGAACGGCAAGCAAACGGAAGGAAUUUUCCGCGUCUCUGCCGAUGUGGAUGAGGUUAAUUGUUUGAAGAGCCGCUUAGAUCGGUGGGAUGUUCCUGAUUAUAAAAAUAGCAUGGUGGAUGCACACGCUCCCGCUAGUCUACUGAAGUUGUGGUAUCGUGAAUUGUAUGAUCCCCUUAUACCGGAUCAGUUUUAUGAGGAGUGCGUUAAUACUGAGGAUGCAGAAAAAGCCAAAGAAAUUGUUGAUAAGCUUCCAGAACUAAAUAAAUUGGUUUUAACUUACUUGGUGCACUUUUUGCAACAAUUCUCUCAUGCCGAUGUCGUGAGUUGCACCAAAAUGGACUCAUCCAAUUUGGCAAUGGUGUUUGCGCCAAACUGUUUGCGUUGCACCUCAGAUGAUCCGAAAGUGAUAUUGGAAAAUGCGCGUAAAGAGAUGGCAUUUAUGCGCACACUCAUACAACACAUGGACACAACGCAUGUUGCGAAUCUGACUUGAGUAGAAAAUAAGGACUGAAUGUAAAUAAUAAAAAAUAAAAUAAAAUAAAACAC